UGACCAUUAUGUAAGUUGGUCAGAUUCUGAAUGGUAGUAAUACCGUUUGAAACAAUUCCAACACCUUCCAUUCAGCUGUCUUGUCUUAUUUUCCCUUUUCCUCUUCAAUUUUUCUCAAUGGAUGAUCUUCCCUCAUCUCUUGUCGUUGAUAUCCUCAGUCGUCUCACUGAUUCUGCCGACGUUGCUCGGUGCCGAGUCGCCUCCAAAACACUCAACUCUCUCACUCGCGAGGUCCGUUCCCUUAACCUCCUCUGCACCUUGUCUCGCUACCUCAAAUCCCGCUCGCCGGAGACCAAGGACCACGUCACUCCUUUCAAGGCAAUCUUUAAUAACCUUGUCGGCCAGGCUCCCUGUCUUAACUCAAUCUCAGUUGGAGUCGAUAAAUCGCUCAGGAAUAUCUCGUAUGACGACGUGGAUGACGAGUCGGAUGAUUUGUAUUUGACUGAUGUGGGGUUCGUCAAGGAGUGGUUGCCCAAGGUUUGCGGCGACCUAGGGAAGCUAUCGAUUUCGGAUUUUUGGAUACAGUCUUGCUGGAGGAAAUCUCAGAUUUUGAGCUUGAUUUCUUCUUGUUGCAAUGGUCUUAUGGAGCUAGAGGUGAAGAAUGCUUGGCUCUCGGUUGAUGGAUUAAAUCCAAUGACUAGGCUAACAAGUUUGACACUUGAAUUUAUUAGACUUGAAGAUGAGGACCUAAACAAAGUUAAUGAAUGUUUUCCUUCUCUUCAAGUUCUAAACUUGGUUGGCGUUGGAGGACUUAAAGAUCCCAAGAUUCAUCUCUUGCAUCUUAAAUCAUGCUUGUGGACGGUGUCAAAUGCUCCUCUGUCUCUGACUAUCUUUGCUCCCAACCUCGUGAAGCUCAGGCUAAAAUGUAUCAAGCCGAAAUCUCUUGUUCUCGACACGCCAUUGUUGUCAGAUUUCCAUCUUUCGGUCGAGGAAGCAUCUGAUUUUAGAGUGAAAGAGUUCCAUAAUUUGGGAAACCUUCACCUUGAAUCUUCGAGUCUUUGCUGCCUCCUUGACAUGUUUCCAUCUGGUAAAUCAGUUAGGAAGCUGACAGUGAAUUCUCUCAAAUGGACUGCAACAAUUAAAUUUCGCUUGGAAGCAGUGUUUGAUGUGUUUCCGAAUGCAACAUAUCUUAAUAUAGGCCCUGGGGCUUGGUGUGAAGCCGAGAAUUGCUUUCGGAAAGGAGGUUUGGAAGAUAGGAAUGCAUUGAAGGAGUUGAGAGAGAUAGUGGCAAAUUUAGUUGUGUAUGAUAUUGAAGUUACCCUUUCGUUUAUAUUCUCUAUCUUGGAUAAAUGCACCAAGUUAUCAGACAUGGCAUUACUCUUUCACCCUAAAGGAGAUUAUAAACUUGCUAGAAGUCUCAUCCCUAGGUGUACAGCUUAUUGUCCAAGAGUAAAAUGGAGAUGGGGAAUACGGGAAGGGCCAAAAGACACCUGGGUCUCUGUUGGAAUGUAAUUUGGUUCUCUUUCCUCAAAAGGAAAUAGAGAAUGCUUAAUCUUUUAUAUUCUGUGUGUUGUUUCUCUGGUUUAAAUUAACCUUCCUUAGUGAAGAUGGUGAAGGUUUUUCAGUAAAUCUCAAAAGCUUAGAAUAAA